UUGCUACAUCCCGUCAUUAUCAUCAGCGAGGCGCUGAAAACCAGUUACCGAGAGAUAUACGAGAAACUCGGCCUAGAAGUCUUCGCUCAAUCCGAUCCACCAUCUGCAAAAGAGUUCCCUGAGUUCGCAUUUAUGAGUAUCAGCGUGGACGAACAUUCGGGUCAAGCCAACCGAGGAAGUCACUCUCAUCGAACGGAAGCGGGGCUUGAAUAUAGCCAACAGGGAGAACCUUCGCAGGACAAGGGAGAUCAGCCGACUGACACUGCUCAAAUCAGUUACGAUGGGUCAAUAAUAUUCGCGCAAUCAAGCGACGAAUUGGCCAACUCCCAACAGGAGUCAGGAAGCGUGGAGUCAACAAACAAUACUUGGGUACAGCCUGAAGGUACUCCUUGGGACCAAGCUGCACCGCAAGGCCCGUAUGUGACCCAGAGCGGCAUGCCAAACAUUUUGGCUGAGGGUACACAAUCAGAUUUCUCUCUCGAGUUACCUGAGCCUUACCCUGCGGGGCUGUUGAGCGAUGUUCCACAAGGACUUCAUCAAGGAGGUUUGGAUUACCAACCGGCAGCUGGUCAACAGCAAGCAGAGUUUGGUCUCGAACUGAGUAAGUGCCACCUGUUACCGCGUCUUUAUCCGUAGCUGAUAUAGGUAGAUAAUCGUACAUAUUCAUCUCAGCAACAGUGGGACCCCAGCAUAGAAAACACAGCAAACCCAUACGUGCCACUGGUAGACUACCCAUAUCUCCAUAUUCCACCUAUUCCACCUAUUCCCACAUUAUCAGAUAAAGAAAACUUCCUCCUUGUGGUGGCACCUGGCCCUUAAACACCUGGACGGCAUCGAUUGAUGCGUGGAGCGCUUGUCCACUCUUCAUCU